UCAUUCCCUCUUACCAACUUCAUCUUCUCCAAAACUUAAACAUAAACCCUAUCAUAAGUCUCUAAAAUCUUAACGAAAUUAAACAAUUUUUCACUGCAUCUUGUGUGGUUUUUCGAGUCUAACAAAACCCACCAAGUAGAAUUUCGAUUUAGAGCUCGGUUUGGGGGAUUCAAGAAGGGUUUUUGACGAAUUUUUUGGGGGUUUUCAAGAUUUCUUGUUUUCUUGCUUAGAUAUGUUUUAUUCUUCAACAAGGUAAAAUGGCACGUACAGGUGUUCGAGUGGAUAAGAAAGGGAAGGCACAAGAAGAACCUUCUCAUGGGGCUUCAAAGAAGGCAAAGAAGCAACUUCUUGUUGUGGAGGAGCCGGGUGGCUCGAAUCUAAAGGAAGAAGAAAUAAAUGAAGGAGAAGAGGCAGGUGAGGAGGAAGAAGUAGAAGAGGAAGACGGAAAUGAUGAUGAGGUGGAAUUAGUGUUUGAUGAGGAUGGGAUACCGAAGUGGGACGCAUCAAAGAGAUUAUCUAGGUAUCCUAUUGAACAUAGAGCAGAUAUGUAUCGUAGGAAGCUAAAACAAAGUACACAACAUAGGAUAGAUUUAUUUUUAUGUGAGAAGUUUAUAAUUUUGAAGGACUUUCGUGCAUUUGGUAUAGAAGAGUGUUUCAAGAAAUUAGGUUGGGUUGACUUUCUACAGUUUACCGGCGAGGAUGAUAUCUAUAUGGAUGAAGUUAUAGAAUGGAUGUCUAGUUUAGAAAAGGAUGAGGGAAAUAAUCCACCGGUUACCACUCAGUUGAUAGGGAAGGUUAAUGGAGUGAAAGUGGUUUUGUCAUUCAAAGAGAUAAAAAAGAUAAGUAAGUAUGAUACUAAGGCUACUCGGAAUGGAUCGUAUAUAUAUCCUAAGGAUGCGGAGUUGGCGGAUGAAACAAAGACAGAAGGAUGGAAAACGAGAGUUAGAAGUUUAUUUGAGGUACCCCCGGGGGUUGAUUUGACAAAGUGGUCCUUGAAAACAGAUUAUUUACGUCCUAUGGCUAGGUUCCUUAUACGGUUUAUAACCUACAAUGUUAUGCCGCGUACUAGUGAUUUGGGUAAGGUACGCUUUCCUGAAAUGUUGGUACUUGUAGCUUUAAUUACAGGUGCCCCAAAAUUGUCAGCCAAGCACCUUAUCAUGUACAAUGUGUGGGAGGCAAGAGAGAGGGAACAAAGGAUGAUGAUCCCUCAUGCUAGAUUGUUAUCUUUGUUGUUGAAAAAACAAGGAUCCAUCCCUAAGGGGGUUCGGGGGUUUGUAAGGAAGCAAACAAAAAUUAAUAUGCAGUUGUUCACUAAGUCGUCUAGGUGGAUGCAUUCCAAGACUAGGACUAAACACCGAUUGACUGUACAAGGGACGCAUGAGGUUCCAGAUAAGUAUGUAGAGGGACAAAGAUCAGAUGUGGAAGAGGAUGAAGAGGAUGAGGAGAUUAAUGUUCAGGCUAAUAUAGGUGUUGAGGAGGGUGUUCAUAUAGAGGUUGAGUUAGAACCAAGGAGAGAUGUGAAUGAAGAUGAAGGUGCCCCGCAGGCAGUAGUGUUGAAACCAUAUUUGACCGGGUUUACCCCGGAAAUGUUCAGGACGCCUUAUUAUUUUCAUAUGUAUGAUGCGGUGAUACGAGCUAGGCCCCCAGUUUUUGGGACAUGGGAUGAAUAUAAGAGGAUUAAGUUUGAUAGGCAGUCUCAGGCAAUAGAGGAGACUAGGAUGUUUCAAAAGUUGGUGAUCUGGCAGAAUCAACAGCGGAUUGGUGAAGAAUCGAGUUCGCAUGAACCGCAUGGCAUGGAUGCAGUGCUGAGAGGCUAUUAUGAGAUGGUCCGUACGGGACAUGAUACGCCUCUAGGUGUUUGAUGGGUAGUGUAUGUUUCUUUUUAAACACUCACUGAUCAAGGUUGCAUCCACGAUCAGGUCCAUGUGUUUUUCUUUAUCUUCUAUUUUGUCUGUUGUACUUGUCUUUUGAUAUGAUUGUUAACUUUACAUUUGUUUGGGAGGGUUAGGAGGUGGAUUGGGAUGUUCUAUGGGAUGUGUUGAACAAUAUGGUAUCAUUUUGGUUAGAACGAUAAUGGUGGGUUAUAGAUCUUAUUGUGCAAA